GAGCUGUGGAAGGCCACCAAUUCGCUCUGCUCAGCAUCGGAGGCUGGCCCUUCCGGAUUCGGCGCGUCGGAACGUUUGAAGGUUUGGGACAUGGUGGGCGGCUUGAGCUGCAGUUGGGCAGUGGAGAAUUCGGUGAAGAGGUCCUCUGGCAGCUCCUGGAGGGCGGAAAAACUGCAUCUGGAGGCCACCUAGAGGAGGCCUGUGCAAGAAGCGGAUGCAAGUACUGGUGCCAACUUUACGAUCUGGACUGGCUGGGGCCGAAGAGGGAUGAGCACCUUGCCAUAGAUCCGGAAAUUCCUUUGCAAAAGGGCUAUGUGUGGUUCCGCGUGCUGGAGAGAACUGAACUUCCCGGGACUGGGCGCCGGGCUGUAAGGGUGCAGCUCCUGGAG